AUGGAAAAUAAACUAUUAAGAGAGCGUAUAAGUGACAUCAGCCAAACUGUUGAAGAACUUAAAAGAGGAAAAGAUUCGAGAGUGUUGACUAAUGGUAACCAGCCUGCUGUAUUUUCUUCUGGAAUUGACAAGAGACUGUUGUUAAAUGCUGCUUCUCCUUCGCCCGUCCAGCAAACACAGAUAGGAUUUACAGCAGCUUUAACACAUGACAUAAGCCUUGGAGAACUACAACCUGUUGAAUACGACAAAGUCAUCUCAAAUAUCGGAAACGCUUUUGAUGCUCGUCAUGGUCAUUUUAUAGCACCAGUUAAAGGCGUAUAUAUUCUGUCAGGUUCCAUUUUUAACCAGAGAGGUCAUACAAUGCAUAUGGAAAUGGUGAAAAACGGAGUUCAGCUUGUCGCUUUUUAUGGAGAUCCAGAUGUUUACUCCAUGGGAAGUCAAACUAUUGUUAUUGCCCUAGAAGCAAAUGAUAUGGUCUGGAUAAGACAUUUUAGAACAACUGGAUCUGCUUCAAUAUAUGGCAGAACUGAUCAACCAAUUAACACUUUCUCUGGUGCAUUACUUUUUCAACUUUGAAAACCUUUCAUCAACCUUUAAUUGUUUAAACUAAAACUCAAGAACAUUGAUACUU